GUAUAAAUAUGCAAGAAUUUGAAGAAAGGAGAGAGAGAGAGAGAGAGAGAGAGAAUCCAUGAAACAAGAAAAGUAAAGGCUAGGGCUUUCCUUUUGAUCCUGUAAAGAAUCAGCAUCUUCAAUGGCGGUGCUCUUCUCUACUUCAAACUUGUUCGACUCUGCUAGGGCUUCUCAGAAUUCCGUUGAAGAUCUACCUCAGCAACAUUUAAUACUCUCUUCUCGUCCCAGUUUCGCCCAAGCAAAUACUGUCUUCAAUUCUCAUUGCAAACCUCUCACAUUUAUAACCCAAUGUCAGAAAUGGUUGUUCCUGAAGUAAAGAAGAGAUUGCUUGAUGAACUUGAAAAUAUGGGAUUUCCACUGGCUCAAGCAACGAGGGGACUUCAUUAUUCUGUUAAUCAACUUGAACGAUGAAGAAAGGUGGUUCUCUUUGCUGAACUUCAAUCUUAUGAAGAUGGCCUUGGACUUAUUCCUUUAUGAGAGAAUACCUCAAGGUAAUUCUAGUAUUGAUGCUGCUGUUAAUUGGCUCUUUGAUCACGAGAAUGAUCCAGACAUCGAUCAGAUGCCCUUGGUUCCUGUGCCCAUCAAUAUUGAGGCUUAUGACCCUUCUUACAUUACAGAACAAGUGAAGUUAAAAGCACAAGAAUUAAGGGAUCGAGCAUGCGGAAAGAAAGAAGAGGAAGAGACGAAAGUGGAAAGAGAGAGGGAGAAGGAUCAAGCACACAGAAAGAAAGAAAAGGAAGAGAAGAAAGUGGAAAGAGAGAUGGAGAAGUAUCAAGCACGCAGAAAGAAAGAAGAGGAAGAGAAGAAAGUUGAAAGAGAGAGGGAGAAGGUGUGUUUACGUUAUCUUGAGAGGAUAAAAGCAGGUAAGGAACUGCUUGAGGCCAAGAGAAUUCAGGAAGAAAAUGAAAGAAAACGCUCUAUAGCCUUGUGGAAAGCAGAGAAAGAGAAAGAGAAUAGAGAGAGAGAUAAAAUUCGUCAGAAACUACAGCAAGAUAAGGCAGAAAGAAGGCGGAGGCUUGGAUUGCCUCUGGACGACCCUCCAUCUGUAAACAAUGCUUCAACUUUGAUGCAGAAAGAAAAGAACUCAUUGCCUGUCAAGUCUGCUUCAUUGCCUGUUAAGUCCAAUUCAUUGCCUGUUGUUACGGUGACAAAGGAAGAGAUCAUGAGAGACUGUUUAAGAUCUCUCAAGCGCAAUCACAUGGACAAUGUUACCAAAGUGAGGAGGGCUUUCCAAACUCUUCUGAUUUAUGUCAAAAAUGUUGUGAAGAAUCCCAAUGAGGAAAAAUUCAGAAAGAUACGUUUCAAUAACCCAGCCUUCCAGGAUCGAGUAGGGAAUAUGAAAGAAGGUAUUGAAUUUCUUGAACUUUGUGGGUUUGAGAGAGUUGAUGAAGGCAAGUUUUUGUUUCUCCCCGAAGACAAGGUUGACAUAGCGGUAUUGAAAUCAGCUGGGAAUGUUCUGGACUCUGCAAUAACAAAUCCAUUCUUUGGACUUCUAUCGAGCUCAAGAGAAGAUGAAGCAUUUGGCCUGGGUGAGUGAUUCAAGUUGGAAAUUUAUGAGAGUGUGUUUGGCUAUAGACAAACAAAUGGGCAACUUUGAAAUUUUAUUUUUUAUUAUUGUCUUUUCAUCUUAAUUCUUAUGUUGGGGGUCUUCUAUGUAUUCGGAGGAUGAAAUGCAGAUAAAUAAAGAAAUGAAUGUAUAAUUUUUUUGAUGUAAACAAGGAUGGGUAAAUGAUGCUUGAGAAACUGUGGCACCACCCUUUUCCGCCACCCGCCAGAGACAACUUCGUUGAAAUUCUUUCAUCCUGCAAUGCACCUAGCCUUCCAUAUCUUUGCCA